AUGGGAUCUUCAAAGAUAGAAGAGAUGCCACAGCAGGCCGACCCUGAACGGCCCGAUUUCAUGAACCCUGCAGUCUUCCGCAGAAGUACCCUCCCUGCGCGUUCUUAUCAUAUACCAUCGACAUCUCUACUCCUCAAUGGGUCUUGGGAGUUCAAAAUGACCCGGUCACCAUGGGAGGCCCCAGAACCUACUGAGGGGUCCUCUGAGGAGGACUGGUCAAGCAUCAAUGUCCCAGGCCAUUGGCAGCUACAGGGCUGGGGGAAGCCGAACUACACCAACACCCAAUUCCCCAUUCCGGUGUGCCCUCCUUUCGUACCCACCGAAAAUCCGACAGGUACAUACCGUCGGAAGUUCCAAAUACCCGCAGAAUGGCAAAUCGAAAAUACGGAGAUUCGGUUGCGCUUCGAUGGCGUCGACAGUGCCUACCACGUUUGGGUGAACAAGUCUUUGGUCGGAUACGCACAGGGCAGCAGAAAUCCGUCUGAAUACAAUAUCACACCUUAUUUACAGGCGGAUGAUAACAAUGAAAUCUUUGUCAGAGUGUAUCAAUGGUCGGAUGCUACCUAUAUUGAAGAUCAAGAUCAGUGGUGGUUAUCUGGUAAGGUUUAUAAUGACGAUAUGCGAAAUACCUUAGCUAACUGCAUGGUCAUAGGUAUUUUCCGAGAUGUCACUUUGAUUGCGUUACCAGUCAAUGACCGUUUGAAUGAUUGGUUCAUUAGAACCGACCUCGACUCAGAAUACACAGAUGCGACGCUUCUCGCAUCAAUAGACUUUCAAGUCUCAGAGCGAAGUGCCAUUGCGGUCAAUCUGAUUGACUCGGUGGAUGGCAUGAGCCAGAUAGUUGCAUCUACAGAGAGCAUUGUCGAGCCUGCGACAUCAAAGCUUGAUCUGAGCUUGCCUGUGGCCAACCCGAGAAAAUGGACUGCCGAGCACCCAUAUCUUUACCAAGUGGAGAUGAUCUUGAAAUCCCCUGGCUCUAAAAAUCCAUUUAAAACCACACAGCGUGUUGGCUUCCGCAAAGUCGAGCACAAGCGUGGUCUGAUCACCGUCAACGGAAAGGCAAUUCGUCUUCGCGGAGUCAACCGACAUGACCAUCAUCCACUCUUCGGCCGUGCUGUUCCACUGGACUUCAUGAGACAAGACCUACUCUUGAUGAAAGCCCACAAUGUCAAUGCCCUUCGCUGCAGUCACUAUCCCCCUGACCCGCGGCUUCUUGACAUGGCAGAUGAGCUAGGCUUCUGGGUUAUCGACGAGGCUGAUCUGGAGUGUCACGGCUUUUAUGAUGCUGUUGCCCGGCCAAUGGAUAUGGACGAAACCCUUGGAUAUGAAGAACGCAAGGCCAUGACCUUCCCUUUGUGCGGUGUCCAUACAUCUGACAACCCAGUUUGGCGAGAAGCUUACAUUGAUCGAGUUCACUCCCUGUUGCAACGAGACAAGAAUCAUACCAGUGUCAUCAUCUGGUCGAUGGGAAAUGAGGCAUUCUUUGGCACAUGCCACCGCUCCAUGGUUGAAUACGUUCGCGCCUUUGAUCCCACUCGUCUCGUACACUAUGAGGGUGACAUCCACGCAGAAACCACAGACAUGUACAGCUACAUGUAUCCAGAAAUUGAUCGAUUACGAUCCUUGGCAGCCACCGAGGGGGUGACAAGCAAUAGCAAAUUUGAAAAACCGAUAAUUCUCUGCGAAUACGCCCAUGCAAUGGGCAAUGGGCCCGGGUUACUCGCUGAUUAUGAAAAAUGCUUCGAUGAGAUCCCGCGUCUGCAGGGUGGCUUCAUUUGGGAAUGGGCCAAUCAUGGGUUGUGGGUUAACGGCGCUGACAAGAAAGAUGGGUUCUAUGCCUAUGGCGGUGAUUUCGAUGAUUAUCCAAACGAUGGAACUUUCGUGAUGGAUGGUCUCUUGAAUAGUGCCCACAAGCCUCUGCCAGGUUUGUUGGAGCUGAAGAGAGCCUUUGAGCCGGUCAAGCUGGAAGUCCGUGGACAAGCUUUGGUUCUGAAGAACCGAUACGAUUUCUUGGACCUGAGCAAUCUUCAGGCUUCUUACAAGCUUGAAGCCUUUGCCAACCAAACAAUAACCCUGGCAACUGGCACAUUGAAGCUUCCCAAUGUGACCGCCGGCCAAUCGGCGGAGAUCACUCUUCCAACGGACCUAUUCCAAUACGGUGCCCAUCCAGCUUACUUAACCAUUACGCUGGAGCAACGGGAAAAGGUCGAAUGGGAUCAAGGCACUUACGUCGUCGCCUGGACGCAAGUCCUGGCAUCAAAGCCAAGCAACAAAGCGCUACCCAAUAGCAUAAGCUCUGCACAAGGUACGAAGAAUGAUAUUGCAAUUAAUUCAACCAAGACAACCGUUUCCAUUGGAGGAACCAACUGGUCUUUCGAAUUCGAUCGCAUCCGCGGCCAUCUUAGAAAGUGGACAUACAACUCCACUCCCAUUCUCGAGCCACAUGCCGACACAGGACUUGCCAUGAUCCCCGGUUUCUGGCGUCCCCCUACAGACAACGAUGUACCAUCUGCAGCGCCAUAUUGGAAGCGAUUUGGUGUCAACACUCUCAUGAACCAGCUUCGAUCCUUCGACUUCUCUGCAGCAGAAGACGGCAGUGUUUGUAUCGAAAGUGAGACAUUCCUGUCUCCUCCCGUCCUGUCAUGGGGAUGGAAGUGCGUAGCCCGUUACAUCGUCAAGUCCAACGGCUCUUUGGCUAUUUCCAUGAAGCUGCAACCUACCGGGACCGCACCGAAGACUGUUCCGCGGGUCGGUCUCAACCUUCGCGCAAACUCGGCUCUGCAGUCUGCUCGUUGGUUGGGACUUGGUCCUGGAGAGUCCUACCCUGACAAGAAGGCUGCUCAGAAGUUUGGCCUGUGGGAUGUUGAGGAUAUCUCCUCACUACAGACUGUAUAUGAUAUCCCACAGGAGAAUGGAAACCGCAUGGACACAGUUUGGGUGGAGCUUGUUACUUCGAAUGGUACUGGCUUCCGCGCGGCCCCACUGGAAAGUACAGCGAUGAACAGAGGAAAGGCAAGCUUGAACUGGACUGCUAGUCGGCAUUCCGAUCAGACUGUUGAGACAGCGCGACAUCCUUGUGAUCUCGUCGAAGAGGACGCGGUAUUGGUGAGGCUGGACGACCAGGUUGCUGGCGUUGGAACUGCGGCUUGUGGUCCCGGUCCAAUGGACGAGCAUGUGGUUAAUGUGAAGGAUACCACAUUAGGUAUGCUUUUGGAACCUGUAUCCUCGUGA